UUAUCAAUAAAAUAAAGUUCAUUUUGUCAAUUUCUUAGAAUUUCUCCUUCCCAGUUCCACCAUACCUCCAACUGUCGAAACUCCUCCGACUCCACUGUCCACUCCAAUGGCGACAAUGCUCAACCUCACUAACCCGAAGGAGCCGCUCCGAGCCGGAAACUCGGUCCUUUGCAGCAGCAGCAGCAAGAGCACCGCCAAGUCCCGGAACGACUUGGCCUUCGAGGAGAGGAAGCGCGUCUCCGUCGACUACGACCGCGGCACGCAUGAUGUCUCCACUCGCCUCCCCGGCCUCCGCAAGGCCGACAUCCCCAAACGGCACCGUUUGCAGGUCCAAAACGACCGCUUCCAGAAGGACUGGACCAUCUCCGAGGUCGCCGACCGGGUUUCCGACCUCCGCCGGUGGGACGACGUCGACGGAUUGCUCAAUUGCUGGAUCGGACGGUUCGCCAGGAAGAAUUUCCCCCUCCUUAUCAGGGAGAUGACGAGGAGAGGUUCGCUCGAGCAUUGCGUGAGAGUUCUCAGCUGGAUGAAGAAUCAGAAGAAUUAUUGUGCUCGGACUGAUAUUUACAACAUGAUGAUCAGGUUGUGCGCGAGGCAUAAUCAGACCGAUCAAGCUCGCGGCUUGUUCUUCGAGAUGCAAGAAUGGAGGUGUAAACCUGAUGUUGAGACUUAUAAUGCUCUUAUUAAUGCACAUGGUCGAGCAGGUCAAUGGCGUUGGGCCAUGAAUAUCAUGGAAGACAUGUUACGUGCAGCUAUCCCUCCGAGUCGGUCCACAUAUAACAACUUAAUUAAUGCCUGUGGGUCUAGUGGGAAUUGGAGAGAAGCUCUUAAAGUUUGCAACAAAAUGACAGACAAUGGAGUUGGGCCAGAUCUUGUGACUCACAACAUUAUCUUAUCUGCCUACAAAACUGGAGCUCAAUAUUCAAAAGCAUCAUCUUAUUUCGAGCUUAUGAAGGGGACAGGCAUCCGCCCUGACACAACAACACUUAAUAUUGUGAUACAUUGCUUGAUAAAGCUCGGACAAUAUGCAAAAGCAAUUGAAAUUUUCAAUUCCAUGAGAAAUAGGAAGGCAGAAUGUGACCCCGACGUUGUAACAUUCACCAGCAUCAUUCACAUGUAUUCUGUUUGUGGUCAGAUUGAAAAUUGUAAGGCUGUGUUUAAUACAAUGGUGGCAGAAGGAUUAAAACCAAACAUAAUUUCAUAUAACACAUUAUUGGGAGCAUAUGCUUCGCAUGGUAUGGAUAAAGAGGCAUUGUCAGUUUUUAAUGAGAUAAAGCAAAGUGGUUUUCGGCCAGAUAUUGUGUCUUAUACAUCUUUACUCAAUGCUUAUGGAAGAUUGAAGCAACCUCAAAAAGCAUCGGAAGUAUUUGACAUGAUGAAGAGAGACAAGUGGAAACCAAAUCUUGUGAGCUAUAAUGCCCUAAUUGAUGCCUAUGGAUCUAGUGGCUUGUUAGCUCAAGCUGUUGAGGUAUUGCGUGAGAUGGAACAAAAUGGAAUUCAACCAAACAUCGUUUCAAUAUGCACCCUUCUGGCUGCUUGUGGACGAUGUGGUCAAAAGGUGAACAUUGAUGCUGUUCUUUCAGCAGCUAAGCUCCGCGGCAUCAAGUUGAACACAGUUGCAUAUAACUCAGCUAUUGGGAGCUAUAUGAAUACCGGGGAAAAUGAGAGAGCUGUUAGUUUGUAUAGAUCUAUGAGGAAGAAGAAAGUUAAACCAGAUUCUGUUACUUACACUCUUUUGAUAAGUGGUUGUUGUAGGAUGUCAAAAUACGAUGAGGCACUUGGUUUUUUUGAUGAAAUGGUGGAUUUAAAAAUCCCAUUGUCUAAUGAGGUCUGUUCAUCUGCGAUAUGUGCGUACAGCAAACAGGGUCGACUUACAAAAGCAGAAUCUGUGUUUGACUUGAUAAAGGCAGAUGGUCUUUGUCCCGACGUAGUGAUGUAUACCACAAUGGUACAUGCAUAUGUUGCUGCAGAAAAUUGGGAGAAGGCUUGUAUAUUAUUCGAAGAAAUGGAAACAAAUGGUAUCCAACCGGACUCCAUUGCAUGUUCAGCUGUGAUGAGAGCUUAUAAUAGAGGAGGCCAAUCGUCCAAAGUUCUAAUCCUGGUAGAACACAUGAGAGAAAAAGGAAUCCCUUUCAAUGAUUCCAUUUUGUUUGAAAUUAUAUCUGCCUGUAGCCUAUUACGAGAUUGGAGGACAACCAUUGACCUCAUUAAGUUGAUGGAGCCCUCACUUCCAGUAGUUUCAAUAGCCGUUAUUAACCAGCUCCUCCAUUUUCUUGGAAGAAGUGGGAAGGUUGAAACUAUGAUGAAGCUGUUUUACAAGAUAGUCGCAUCUGGUGCUGAAAUUAAUAUGAGUACUUAUUCAAUUUUAUUGAAAAAUCUUCUGUCUUCUGGAAAUUGGAGAAAAUAUAUUGAGGUGCUCCAAUGGAUGGAGGAUGCGGGAAUUCAACCUUCAAAUGGCAUGUUUCUUGACAUAUCGACUUAUGCACAAAAAAGUGGCGGAGCUGAAUACGCUGCUAUAAUAAAAGAGAGACUUGAAUCCUUGAAGAGAAAAACAGUGGACCAAGGCUCGACUUCGAAGCUGUGUGAUUCUUCGUGUCUCCCUCUCAAUUGAUCUGUUGGAACGAACCUGCAGUAUCACGACCUUGUGGAGCCAGCAAUGGCUACUAUUUAACAAGUUGCAGAUUGCACUUUGGUAACGAUAACCGAGGCAUGAUUCUAGAGCUUGGAGUUUCGAUAUCCUGGACGCGGAAACACCUUGUUUUGAGUAUGUAUUUGAACUGACCAAUUCAAGGCUCCUAUGCAGGAGAUGAAGCACAAUCUGUACAGCAUUACAGCUUAUAACGCCUAUGAGGGGUGAAAAGGGAAAAUAAUUUCUAAAUUUUGAUUUUUAAAAUGCGGAUAGUUGGUGUAACCACACUGACUCUUGCUAAGUAGGUUUACUUGUACAUUUUUUAAAU